CCUUCCCAUCCUAUCUCCAUAUUUUCUGGUUCUGGUUCCGAGCUCGGGUUAGGGUUUAGGGAUUUACCCCCCAACAAUGGCGUCCUCGUCGGCGAUCGAGAUCGACGAGGAGAUCGAAGGAGAACAAGUCGGCACCUCCGAUUACUUCUUCGAGAGGAUUGGAGAGCCCGUCCCCAUAAAGCCCUCCCCUUUCGGCUUUGAUUCCCAGUCUCUCCCGACUCAGCCGCUCGCCGUCUCCGAGCGCCGUGGCCUCGUCUUCCUCGCUCUCUCCUCCGGGUUUUGCGUUGCGAGGACUGAGGAGUUGAUCGCUCUGGCGCUCGAGAUUAAGGAGAGUGGAAAAGCUUCCUCUUCCGUACAGCAGUGCAGCGUCGUCGAUGUUCCCCUCAGGGAGGUUCAGAUUCUCGCGCUUUCUUUUGAUGAUUCGACGCUCGCGGCUGCGGUUGGAGGAGAUGUUCAUUUCUUCUCCGUCGAUUCGCUUCUCGCUGAUAAGGCACCAAAACCGUCUUUCACCUGCUCGGUUGAUGAGCCGAGUUGCGUCAAGGAUAUAAAGUGGAGAAAGAAAUCUGAAAAUUCUUAUUUGGUUCUUUCGGAUUUUGGGAAGUUAUAUUGCGGGACUGUUGGUGGCCCUAUGAAAGACGUGAUGGAGGAUGUUGACGCUGUUGACUGGAGCGUUAAAGGAAAUUAUAUUGCUUUGGCAAAAGAGGAUACGCUUAGGAUUCUGUCAUCGAAAUUCAAGGAAAGAUUGUGCAUGGUACUUCCAUUCAAGUCAUGGAUUGGUGAUUCUGAUGCAAGCUGUACUGUAAAAGUGGAUUCUAUCAGGUGGGUUCGUCCAGAUAGCAUCAUCUUAGGAUGCUUUCAACUGACGGAUGAUGAAAAUGAGGAAAAUUACCUUGUACAAGUGAUUAAAAGCAAAGAAGGAAAAUUUUCUGAUGCUUCUACGAAAGCUAUCAUAUCUUUUUAUGAUUUGUUUUUGGGUGUUGUUGACGACAUUCUGCCAUUUGGAAGUGGGCCGUAUCUAUUGUUGAGCUAUCUGGAGCAGUGUGAACUUGCAAUAACUGCUAACAAGAAGAAUACAGAUCAACAUAUAGCGUACCUUGGUUGGUCACUAGGAGAGGAAAAGGAUGAAGUUGCGUGUCUUGAGAUUCAACGUGAUAACUGGCUACCAAGGAUUGAGCUCCAAGAAAAUGAUGAUGAUAAUUUGAUCCUGGGGCUUGGUAUCGAUAAAGUUUCAUGUUGUGGAAAAAUUAAAGUUCAACUUGGAGUCGAGGAACAGAAAGAACUCUCGCCGUACUGCAUUCUUCUGUGUCUUACUCUAGAGGGAAAGAUUAUUAUGUUUAAUGUUGCUAGCGUCAAUGCUGCUGCAGCUAUACCACAUGUUGCUUCUAUUCUUUAUGAAGAGGAAGACGAGCCUAGUGGACCCGAACCUGAAGAGGUUGAGGUAUCAAAACCUUCUACUGAACCAGCGGAAGGACAAUUGGGACAGCUCCCUUUGGAUCUUCAAUUGAAGGAUGACAAGACAAAGGAACUUGACAAAGAAGGAAAGAGUGAGGUUUCCAUCAAAACCAACCUGAAGCCUGGUGAUAUUAAUGAGUCGACAAUGUCUGCGCUUUCUUCUAAUAAAAUCUCGCAUAAAGAAGGUAAUAUUAACAAACAAGAUGUGGAGUCCUUGGUAAGCUCCCAGUCUUCUGAAGCUGGUGGGCAACAGAAAGUGCCUUUGUCAAAGUUUGGGAGCACAAAUCUGCAGCAAGCAUCUGCUAAGGCUUCUCUUCCAGAAGGACCUCGUCACGUGGCUAGUGGACCCGAACCUGAAGAGGUUGAGGUAUCAAAACCUUCUACUGAACCAGCGGAAGGACAAUUGGGACAGCUCCCUUUGGAUCUUCAAUUGAAGGAUGACAAGACAAAGGAACUUGACAAAGAAGUAAAGAGUGAGGUUUCCAUCAAAACCAACCUGAAGCCUGGUGAUAUUAAUGAGUCGACAAUAUCUGCACUUUCUUCUAAUAAAAUCUCGCAUAAAGAAGGUAAUAUUAACAAACAAGAUGUGGAGUCCUUGGUAAGCUCCCAGUCUUCUGAAGCUGGUGGGCAACAGAAAGUGCCUUUGCCAAAGUUUGAGAGCACAAAUCUGCAGCAAGCAUCUACUAAGGCUUCUCUUCCAGAAAGACCUCGUCACGUGGUCAAGGACUUCAGCAUGGCGGGAACUCAAACAUUUUCAGGAUUUGGAUCAGGUGCUUUUUCAUUUGCUGGAAAAACACAAGCUGAUUCUGCUGGCCAGUUAAAUCAUAAGGAUAUACGUAAGAGUGUGGAGAUAGGUAAGCAGUCACCUGCACAUGUUGGAUUAACCAGUUUGCCAAGUUCUUUUUCUCAAUCAUCAUCAAGCAGAAAAUUCAUUUCUUCAAAGGAUACUGAUGUGAAAUCUCCAGUUAUACCUUCAAGUUAUAUUCAAGAUGAAGGUUCUAAAAAUGCUGAUCUUAAUUCAUCAAAUAUUCCAUCUAACCUUCCUGGAAAACUGGUCCAUUAUAAGGAAACGGUUGGUACAUCAACUCCACAAAAUUCUGCUAAUAGGCUGGUCCAGAGUUGGGGACACAGAUCUCUUGCAGGGCCUGGUAGUAUUGAGUCAUUACCUUCCAUUCGUAGCUCACAGGUAUCAUCACAGGAAAAUGUUGUGCUUGGUGACUCUGCCCACCACAAGCAUCAUCCAUCAAAGGAAAAUUACAGAACUCUGCCCCAGUCAGGGAUGCUGAAUUCUGAACCAGUUUUAUCAAAACAAUUUGGCAAUAUCAAAGAUAUGACCAAAGAAUUGGAUACGCUUCUACAAUCUAUAGAGCAACCCGGUGGCUUCAGGGAUGCCUGCACAGUUUCACAGAAGAGGUCAGUUGAAGCGCUGGAGCAAGGAAUAGGAAUUCUAUCUGACAAACGCCGAAAGUGGAAGAGCAUUAUGGAUGACAGAAUUGGAGAGGUGCGAAAUCUUCUAGAUAAGACUGUACAAGUGUUGGCAAGGAAGAUAUAUAUGGAGGGCAUUGUCAAACAAGCUUCCGAUGACCGAUAUUGGGACCUCUGGAAUCGUCAAAAAUUAAGUUCCAAACUGGAGCUGAAGCAACGCCAUAUAUUAAAAUUGAACGAGGGUUUGACCAAUCAGUUAAUUGAAUUGGAGAGGCAUUUUAAUAGCAUUGAACUUAAUAAAUUUGGUGAAAAUGGCGGAGCUCAUGCUGGUAAGAGGGCGUUCCAGACCCGAUUUGGACCUUCAAGGCACGUUCAAUCUUUCCACAGUUUGCAUAAUACAAUGAGCUCGCAAUUAGCUACUGCUGAAAAACUUUCGGAGUGUCUCUCAAAACAAAUGGCAAUGCUGAAGAUAGAGUCGCCUUCUUUGAAGCAGAAGAAUGUGAAAAAAGAGUUGUUUGAAACCAUAGGGAUUCCUUAUGAUGCCUCCUACAAUUCUCCAAAUGUAGCAAAAGUGGGUGAUACUCCAUUAAGUAGUAAACUCUUACUUUCUUCUGGUUCUGCUGCCGUUAAAGACAAGUCCAGAGGAAAAUCAAGCGUCUUGAAGAGUUAUGAUCAGGAGACUGCAAGGAGAAGAAGAGACUCACUGGACCAGAGCUGGGCUAGUUAUGAGCCUCCAAAAACAACUGUAAAGAGACUGCUUUUGCAAGAAAGUCCUAAGCCAAGUGUACCUACUGAUGAACAAACAUUUAGCUCUCACAUGCUGGAGAGAUCUACAAGAACUUGGUCAAGGGAUCAUUCGACCUCUUCCACCUUUUCUUUAUCCGAAAACAAAGCUGGCAAUUUCGAUGAAUUCGCAAAACAGGCUGCUGUAAAACAAGCAACUCCAUCUAUGAACGACACUCCACAAUCAUUUUCUUUUGCAGGGAUGAAGUCUUCCACAUUGCAAAGAAACUAUAUGUCAUCAUCAUCCCAAUUGGUUUCUGUAGAAGGACAAACGUUUAUGAGGGAUAAUUUUAUUAGCAAUCAACUUGUGGAAAAACCAAGUAGUGGCAUAACGUCGGUUGAGAAGUCUAAUGCCGUCGCAGUGAAAGAGACCAAUAUGUUUCUGCAAUCUCCCAUCAAUAUUCAUCAAAAAGCAUCACUUCCUACAGUGUUAUCCACUCAGACACCAACAUUUCUGAAGAAAGCCAGCGAAGAAUUAGACUCUAGUGAUGAGACUGUACUUUCAAGUUCAGCAAUAGAUGGUACAGAGAAUACACCAUUAACCACGCGUUCAUUUUCUGAAUCAGAAGGGAAAGGUAUCUUUUCAAUUUCCCUUGCAUCUCCUGCUUUUGGAACACAAAACCUUCCCGGAAAAGUUCAACAGCCUAAUACUUCAAGAAGUAAAAGUCAAGGUGAUGAAAAAGUUUCAACCUUUCCUACUUCCUCGUUAUCACUUUCAACUGCUCCAUCUUAUUUGCCCGUAUCAUCUUCAUCUUCUCCAUUUUCAUUAUCUGUUUUAUCUUCAACUGCUCAAACUUCAUCAUUUGUGAUGCCUUUAAGUGGAUCUUUCACUAAUUCUAACACCACAUCGGAUGCCAAUAAAACAAUCUCAACUCCUCCAUCAUUAGCUUUUGCUUCCCCAGUUCUUCCUUCUGCUACUCUCUCUUCUCAGAGUCCUAAACCACCCACACUCCUAUUUUCCCCAUCAUCAACCAAAUACUCAAUGUCGGAGACUCCUAGGACGGAGCUGCAAGCCUCAUCAAAAUCAGAUAGCGACAGUACUACCCAAGUGCCAGCCAUCCAGCCUGCGUCUUCCAAAGGUGAACCUGACAUGACGCCUAAACCUUCAGUGUCAACAACCUCUAUAAUCAAAACUGCAGCAGAGCUUCAACCUUCAAAAUCGGAUUCUGGCGCUGCUAACCAAGCACCAGCCACACAACCUGGUCCCUCCAAAGGUGAAUCGGAUACGGAGCUAUCAUCUUUGGUAUCAACUACCCCAACAAUUAAACCUUCAACGACAUUGGCAUCUGCUAGCCAGCCAAUUUUUGGUAAUGCUGAAAGUCCUGCACCUAACACGACAUUGAAGAAUCAGCCAGAACAGCCAUCAUCUUUACCUGUUCCAUUCCCAACACAACUUCCAACUUCUGUGAGCGUUAGUAGUGGAAAACCUGAAAGUUUAGAUGUUUCAAACGCUGAUGAAGUUGACAUGGAUGAGGAGGCUCCAGAGUCGACCAAUGCCACUGAACUUAGUUUGGGAAGCCUUGGUGGGUUUGGGCUUGGCUUUACUCCUAAUCCUUCUGCUCCUAAGUCUAAUCCUUUUGGUGGUUCAUUUGCCAACACGGUGAGAGGCGUGACAACUUCACCUUUCACCAUGAAUGUUCCUAGUGGAGAGCUAUUUCGGCCUGCAUCUUUCAGCAUCCAAUCUCCACAGACUCCCCAAACAUCUCAGCCUGCAAACACAGGUGCGUUCUCUGGUGGAUUUGGCACUGGAACAACUGCUCAAGCUCCGACAGGUGGGUUUGGCCAGCCAUCACAGAUUGGACAAGGUCAGCAAGCAUUAGGAUCAGUUCUUGGUUCCUUUGGACAGUCGAGACAGCUUGGAGCUGGUCUAUCAGGAAAUGGAUUUGGAUCUCCCAGUAGUAUUGGUGGUGGAUUUGCUGCAUCUAGUUCUGCUGGUGGCUUCUCUAGUGCUGUCAGUGGCGGAGGGUUUGCUAAUAUUGGUUCUACUGCUGGAGGGUUUGGUAAUAUGGCUUCAGGCGGGGGUGGAUUUGGUGGUGCGGCUUCUGCUGGCGGUGGUUUUGGUGGUGCUGCUUCUGCUGGCGGUGGUUUUGGUGGUGCUGCUUCAGCCAGUGGUGGUUUUGCAGCAGCUGCUUCAAGUGGUGGUGGGUUUGGGGCUUUCAGCAGUCAACAGGGGACUGGCGGGUUCUCUGCUUUUGGUAGCAAUAUAGCAGCAAGUGGAAAACCUCCUGAGCUUUUCACACAAAUGAGGAAGUAACAUUUUAACAAUGUUGACAAUAUUUUUAAGCCAUAUGUAUGUCUUUGUAUACGAGUCAAGAGUCUUGGUAGGCUUGUAGAGGGCUUCUCUUCUCUAAUCUAGGGUCCUUGGAAAUUCCUCAUUCCCACAAUCCAAGCCAAAAGGCUUUUUUCAUGUUAUUUUAUUUACUUUUAUUUUUCGAUGGAUAACCCCAAUUAGGGCAAAAAGCCUCACUAAAGGCCAUCCUUCUAGUUGUGCUGAAAUAGCAACAAAGAGAAUGGGACCAUCAUCAUAGUAAUGAGCUCCAUAACCUAAAAGUAGGAGCUUGUACUUAUAUUAUUUUGAAAAUGUUUUUAACAUGCUUGCGGCACGUUACACCUGAGCAGUCAUUAUUGCAUUAUUU